GACUGCUUCCUGGUGGAAAGUUGUCUAAUGGGGUAGACUUUCCGGAUAUCCGUCCGUGGUCCACGACGCGUCGCUGCUGCAGUAAACUGGCGAGUGAUCCCAACGCGAGCGAGGCGUUCUCCAGCCCGUUCAUUUCGUCAUCCAGUACAGGGGUCUUUGUGAUUUCUGAUGGCCGACGGUGCCCAAAUAGGCAAGAGGCGAGCGAUAGGUUGAGGAGUAGUCUCUGGGGUCUCGCUCUUAGGUGGCACCGUGACCUCUUACAGUGUCCACUUGUUACACUCUGCCUCCUCAGCGUCACCUUACACGACGCCCAACCACUCAUGGCGUCGUCGCAAACACCAGACACGCACGUAUCACCGACGAUUGGGCUCCAUCCACACCAACCGCAACACCCACCCAUCGACAAAGAGGCCGCUCUGCGCCAGCUCGCUGCACAAGCAAAGAUCUCUCAAACGCAGAACAAGUUGUCGAACGUCCCCUUUUCUGCGCUCGAGAAACGCCUUGAUGAAGAAUCCUUGACGCCCAAACAGUCUCCUUCCGUGCUCCUUCUGGAUCCUUUGUCCUUUGACAAGAGCAUAACGGACACGCAACGCAUGCCACCUCCACCGGCUCCAAGCCAGACCCUCUUUUCUUCUAUCCUCGAUACCACUACCGACAUCGAAACGCGUCCUGCUAAGCGACAAAAACUAGGUCCUUCCGGCACGGCCCGCGCUAUGGCGCCCUCUGCCAAUGGGUUUAGCAUACCUCACAUUAUCAGCACAGACGCGAACGAUCAUCACGAAUCAAAAAGGAAACCGCAUUCCAACUCUAAUUCUCAUACCAAGGCUUCGGCGUCAAGCCACAGUCCCAAGAAAAAGGCGUCAUCAAAGAAAGCACCUCGCACAUCUCUACCCAUGGCGGAUAAGGAACAGCUAGCCGCCAAGACCUUGGCAUCGCUACUAGUAGCCAAGGGGAGCCCGAAGAGUCCCGUGAAAUCCCGCUCAGAUCGAUCGUCGAUCCAUGAAGACGACACUUCUUCUGUCGCAGGCGAUGAUCGUAGGACCAAGAGCCUCCGACGAGCACCAAGUUCAGUCUCUUCUGUAGAUGCAGCAAUGGCAGAUGCUAGCCUGAGUGUCAAUGGAGACGCGUCCACAACCGAUGGGAAUGGCAGUGGUAUGGAUACUGUCCCCGGGUCCCCUGCACUCUCUGCGACACAAAGAGAAAGAGAUUCUGCGGAAUUACUACUACUCUUAGCAACUUCUCCUUCACCUGCAAGAAACACCACUCGACGGGCGCCUCUGCCAACAAACAGGGCAGGAAGCCACGGACCCGUUCCCACCAUCGAACCCAGAGUCCUGUUCCAAGAAUCAUCUAGUUCAAUAUCAGCAUCCAAUUCAGGAUCGACGAAGAGCUCAAAGGGCCUGAACGAACCUUUCUUCCCCACAAGCGUAACCUCCAAUAUCACCCCAUCAUCUUUACUUCCCGCACCACCGUCUCCAUCGAAAAAGAGUUCCAGUACCAGCAAAACGAGCGAAGACCGAUUUAUGGUUCCCCAAACUCUUGCUGCCCUGGGCAUAUACCCUAGUGGUAAUGGUAACUCUGGCACGCCUUCAACGAGCAUGCUUCAACCACCCUUUACACCCGGUGAAUCCCUGCAUGGAAAUCCAUCGACGAAUUUCGGGUCGGCGACGGCUGGAUUUGGGACUGGCUUCGCGUUAGGGUUAGGUGCCCUGGGCCCGUCAACGCCGACGGCAGGUCUCUCGUUCAACAUGGCAGAUUAUAUCAACUUUACUCCGACACCCGGUGGAGGGUUUUCACCCGUUCAGAAGCCCGCUACGUCAAAGACUGGUAAUAGUGGAUCUGGGCUAUUGGCCGCACCAGUGAGCAUUGGUGUGCAGAAUAUAUUUGCAAGUGGUGGCCCUAGUAGUUCUCUCGAAUUUGGGACAGCCGCCGGUGCCCUAUCUCCCAAGAAAUCCGACUCGCCCGAGAAAAAGAGGAGUAAAAAGACUUCUCUCAGCUCUAACGCGGAUAAAAAGUCUGAAGCAAGUACUUUGGCAGCCGUAGCAGCAAAAACCGAACGUCUAGGAGAUUCAAAUAUCGAUGGAGAAUUAUCCGCAUCUUUGAAAGGCACGACGAAGCAAACUAAUAAUGGAGACCCGACGAGCACCGAGGCCUCAUGA